AUGUGCGUGGAGAUCUCCGGCAGGUCGCGGGCCGAGGCAGAGAUGGCUGCGGCGGAGGUGAAGGAGAAGAUCGCCAAGUCCGUGCGGGAGUUUGUCGUCCCCGACGCGGCGGCCAAGCUCCUCUUCUCGCGAAGCCCGGGCAUGGCGCAGGUCGCUCGCGACACGGCCGCGGCGAUGUACGGUGUGACCGUGGCGCUGGCGAGGGGCGGCGCGCAGAACACGCUGAGACUAACGGGGGAUCCUGGGAAGAUCGACCGCUUCGUCAGCGAGGUGAGGGCAAAGUGGUGCUGUGAGAAGAAGGUGACCAUCCCCAAGCGCAUCCAGCGGCAAUGGAAGAAGGACCGGGCAGAGGUCAGAUCCCAGAUCGAGCAGGAGUGUUUGGUGCACAUCUCGCUCAUCGACGAGAGCACCGGCGAGGUGGAAAUCGUCGGGCGCGGGGACAGCGUCGAUGCGGCGUGCGUGCGAGUGGCGACGUGGAUCAGCGCGCAGGAGGACGGGCGCCGGGCCGCGGCCGCGGCGCACCCGCAGGGCGAGCAGCUGGAUGGCGCGCGCCGGGCCGAGGGCGGCAGGCCUUGGAGGCGCCGCGCCGCGGGGCGCGAGGCCUGGCGGCAGCCGCGACAGGCCGCACGGCCGCCAGCCGCCGGCGCCGGCGCCAGGGGCCCGCAGUGGCACUGCCGGCCGUGCCGCGGCAAGGCCAACGACGCCUCGCGGUCCCGCUGCCGGGCGUGCGGCGCGGCGCGCCCUGGCGGGGGCGGCGCGGAGGGGACGCCGCCGCCUCCGCCGCCUCCGCCCCCGCCUCCCGGGCGAUGA